AUGAAGAUCAUAAGUCUAUUUACUGAUAGAGUCAGCAAAAUUUGGAAUGGAUGGGAAGUUCGAGUAUUGCUUCAACUUAGCCUUCUAAUACAAAUCAUCCUUGUCAUUUUUGGCACAAGGAGAAAACGUGAUCCAAGAAUUCUGAUCAAAUUUGUAAUUUGGUCAGCAUACUUGUCUGCAGAUUGGGUGGCAACUGUUGCCCUGGGCAACCUUGCAAACAUCCAAGAAGGCAAAAACAGUAAUGUCGCCAAAGCAAAUAACAUACUCCAAGCAUUUUGGGCGCCUUUUCUUCUCAUAAACCUGGGCGGUCCAGAUACUAUCACGGCUUACUCUUUAGAAGACAACGAGUUGUGGUCAAGGCAUUUUCUCAGUCUUCUUGUUCAAGUGGGAGUUGCAGUGUAUGUCUCCAUCCGAGCCUGGAGCUUCACCGCCCUUACAUUUUUAUCCAUUCCGGUUUUCGUUACUGGAAUUGUCAAGUAUGGAGAAAGGACUUUUGUGCUCAGGUCUGCAAGCUCCCAGAUAUACAAAGAGGCCUUGCUUUCUGCUAAUCCUAUUGCAGAAAAUGCUUUGAUGAGAAUGGAAACAGAAGGGUUCGAGAGAAAAAUACAGAUAAAGAAUGCCUGGAAGUUACAAGCAGGACAUUCAAAAAGAAAAGAAUUUCAGGUCUAUCUGGACGCUUAUUUUUUGUUCAAUAGACUGCAGUAUCUCUUCUCAAACCUCCUUCUAGGUCUCAAUGAACGGACGGAUUGCUACAACAUCAUUCAAAGCAAAUCAGCUAAAGAUGCCUUUACAUUGGUGGCAAUUGAGCUCGGAUUUAUGUACGAUAAGCUUUUCACGAAGGCCACCUUGAUUCAUUCUCUAUGGGGAAUUCUUCUCCGAAGCGUCAGCUUCCUUUCUUCUGUUGUUGCAUUCAUUCUCUUCAAGAUUUUGAUUAAUCCGCGUGACUAUCCUGAUCAAAAGGAUGUCUCCAUCACUUACAGUCUAUUAGCUGGGGCUGUUUUUCUGGAGGUCUACUCCUCUGUUAAACUUGUUUUCUCUGAUAGGACAAAACUCCGGUUGAUCCAGAACCAAAAUCCCCGAAUCAACAGAAUUCUUCUUGAUGCAAUCUUUUAUAUCGAGGCACGUUUGAUCAAUCGAAAGGUAUGGUCUGAACCCGAGGGACAGGAGCCAGUUUUGACCUAUCGAAAAAGGUGGUCUGAAUCCAUGGCACAGUACAACUUAAUAAGUUUUUGCCUCAAAGACAUGCAAGCAAAAGGUCUGUUUUCUAACUUUGAGAAAUUGCCUUACAUCAGACAAUAUUUUCAGGAGUACCACCAUUUGACUUGGGAAUAUGUAAAUGAUGAUUUGAAAGAAGCAAUCUUCGGGCAACUCAAAGCAAAAGCUGAAAGAAUGAAAGACAGUUAUACUAUAAAUUUAUGCAAAGAAUUGUUGGCUCAGAGAGGUGAUUAUGUGCUGGAAGAAAUAUAUGAACUUGAAGAACUCAAGUGGAGCACAGAUGAGUUGGAUUUCGAUCACAGUCUUCUGAUUUGGCAUAUUGCUACAACUGUUUGUUAUGAAGUUGACUUUGCUGAGAAACCUCCUAAGCCUCUUGGAGAUGCCAAGGAAAGUGAAGAAACUAAGAAACCUGCAGAUGCUAAGCCUCUUGGAGACGCUAAGGCAAGUGGAGAAGCUAAGAAACCUGCAGAUCCUAAGCCUCUUGAAGAAGCUAAGGCAAGUGGAGAAGCUAAGGAACCUGGAGAUACCACAGGAUCCGAAGAUGCUAAGAGAGGUCUCCAAAUGGGCAAAAUUAGCAAAUGCUUAUCAAAUUAUAUGAUGUAUCUUCUAGUCUUUUGCCCAUUUAUGAUGCCGAAAGGCAUGGGUGAGAUACGGUACAGAGAUACAUGUGCCCAUGUGAAGCAACUUUUCAACAAACAAAGUUCCUCCAUGGUAGUGAUUAGCACACAGUUGCUUGAAAUGUUGUAUAGAAGGUCGAUCAAUCAAUCGGUGCUAUCUGAUGGAUGCAAGCUCGCUAAAAAACUGCAAUGGUUAGAAUCUGAAAAGCGCUGGAAACGUGAAGAAAAAUGGAAGAUGAUAAGUGAAGUGUGGAUUGAAAUGCUAACAUAUGCUGCAAAUAAUUGUGGAUGGAAAGAUCACGCUCAACAACUUUGUAAAGGUGGAGAGUUGGUCACUCAUGUUUGGCUUCUCAUGACUCAUUUGGGUUUAAGUGAACAAUACAAUGAAAGGGAGCGAUUCAUCGUAUGA